UGGGCGGGAUAAUUUCUAGUCUCUCAGGAGUAGAAGGCCAAGGAUCGAUUCGCCCGAGUAAGGGGGAGAAGCGUAAGAGAAAAUGGCGGCCGCUGCUGGUGCGCCUGGGACAGGGGAUGGAGGAGAAGCUGAGCCGGAAAGCGAGCCGAUCGCCGGAGAUGGCAUAUAUUCAUCGCCGGAGCAGACGGUGCAUGAGCCGCAGCGACUCCCGGGUGCUACGGAGCAAUCGGAGCUGAUUCCCAUUCAGCAUGGGAUUGACCCCGACCAGCAGCAAAAGGUUGAUAUGCAACAGGGAUGGCUGGAGCAGAGUCUUUGCUCACAGGACGUGGUGCAGGAUAAUACUGGGCCUGUACUGCAUGGAAUCACAGAACACGAGCCUCUCCAGGGUGUAUCUGAUGUUGUGCUGGGGCCUGCGACCCUCCUUUCUGUGCCAAGGCCAGUUUCAGAGGCACUAUGUCAGUCAGUGGUGCAGGUAACCGGGGACAGAGCGAUGGAGUAUGAGGAUUGCCAGGAAGUGCCGAUGAUGGAUACGGAAUCCAUACAGUUGGUGUACUAUGAUGGGUACCAGAGUAUCCCAGAAGUCGAACAGCACGUUGUGCCUGUUCCAUUGGAUCCAAACCUUUCUGACCCAGAGUCAUUUCCAGUAGAGAUAAACUGUGGCUUUGAGGUGGUGGAUGGAAUCGGUGAGUUAACUGCUAGUACAGAAGAACAUCCCACUCAUAAGUACACGCUAGAGACAGUUCCUGCAGAAUUAGGGCACAAUAUUAAGGAGAGCAUAAACGUUUAUCCUGAGGUACCACUGAUUUCCACUGAAGACAGUAUCACAGAGAUGGUGGUUCCAACUAAGUGUGACAUCCCAAUACUCACCACUGCGGGGGAAAUGGUUACCACUGAGUUAGUGACAACCAAUGCAGGAGUAUUGCUUUCUGCUGAGGAGAUGAUGGCAGAGAUCAGUCAUGCAGGAGUAAUAAUGAUUCAAGCUGAGGAUAAAAUGGAAGAGAUCACCCCUACAGAUGCAGUAAACAUACCUGAAGAUAGAAUGCUAGUAGAGAAUCCAAAUGACAAACCAAUGGCAGAGUUAUAUCAUGCAGACAUUGAGCUGCCAUCUGGAGAAGGUGGACUGUCUGCUGAGAGUAUGCUAGAAGUUGCUUCUUCACUAGAGCAGCAUGUUAAUGAGAGCAUAGAAGAGGGAAUUUCUGCUGAAGUAACACUGCAAAUAGAUGAGGGUGCACCAGAAGUUGUCUGUGCUGGUUUAGAACUAAAUGCUGUGGAGAAUAUGUCAGAAAUUAGCCCUUCAGGUACUGUUUUUUACAGUGAUGUGUCAGAAAACAUUUCAGCUGGGGUGGAGCUGUUCACUGGGAUGAUAAUGGAUGAAAUUACCCCUGAAGUAUCUAUGAUUCACACUAAGAGUGAGGAAGAGAAUCUUUCUAAAGUAGAACAAAGUGUUGAUGAGAGUAUAGUAGAAAGCCUCCCAGUUGUAAUAGAGUUGCCUAUUGAGGAGAGUAGUGUCAAGAUAUGCCCUGUUGGAAUAAAACUACCCACUGAUGAGGGUGUGGUAAACAUAAACUUUACAGGAGCUGUUCUUACUGAGAACAUGGAAGAGGAUAGCACCUCUGGGGUUCAGCUACCCACCAAAGAGAGGGCAGAAGUGAUGCUUUCUUCAGGAAUACAAUUAUCACCUAAGGUGAGAAUAUCUGACAUUCUUCCCUCUGUAUUAGAACUACCAACUGAGGUGCCUUUGGAAGAAAUCAUACACACAGGAGCUGUGCUUUCCACUGAAAACACUGGAGAGAUAGUUGUUGGAGUAGAAUACCCCUAUGUAGAGAGUAAGCUUGAUAUCCUUCCUGCUGGAAUACAACUGUCUACUGUUGAGAGUAUUGUAGAAACUUUGCCUGCUGCAGUUAACUAUCAUACAGAGGAAGAUAUGUCAGAUAACACCCCUGCAGUUAAAUUGGCUACUGGGGAAAGUAUCACAGAAGUCACCCCUUCUGGAGUAGAAUUGGCCACUGAGGAGAAUGUGCUGGAACCCUCUGCUGCAAUACAAUAUAAUUCAGAAAAGAGCACUGCAGAGACAUUCCCAGUUGCAGAACAACAUUAUAUUGAGAGUGUAACAAAAACACUCCCUGCCACAUUACAGUGUCAUUCCAAGGAGAGUAUGGCAGAGUUGGUUGCUGCUACAGUUGAACAUCAUACUGAGGAUAGUAUGGCAGACUCCUUCCCCACUAGAGUAAAUUUAGCCAAUGAUGAAAAUAUCUCAGAGACAUUGUUUACUGGUGGAGAAUUGGCAGAUAAGAGUUUGAUAGAGUCAUUACCUCUUGGAGUAGAUGAAGGUAGUAUGACUCCAGCCUUCUUUGCUGUAGUAGAUCAGUCUUCUGAAGAUAGUAUAGAUAUCUCUUUAGUGGACAAUCAACAUAAAGUUGAGGCUAUGGACAUCGGUCAUAAUUCUUCUGAGAAUGAGGAUAGUGUUUCAAAUGCAAUUUUAAUUGGGUUUGAAUACGUGCAGAAACCUGUUUCUGAAAAUGUUGACUUUUUAUCAGAAAAUGUGUCAGAGACUACAGUAAGUGUAAAAGUCUAUUGUGAUAAACAAAACUCAGACACUAGCAAAACAUCUGAUACUGCUUGCGAAGAAAUGGUCCCUGUGUCAAAAUCUAUGAAUGAGGAAUUUAAGCCUGCUACUUCAGGGAGAGACAAUUUGUUUCAGUUAGAAACUAGUCUGUUGGAUCAUGUCUCUACUUCUUGUUCUGAUACUGUUUGCGAAGAAAUGGUCCCUGUGUCAAAAUCUAUUAAUGAGGAAUUUAAGCCUGCUACUUCAGAGAGAGACAAUUUGUUUCAGUUAGAAACUAGUCUGUUGGAUCAUGUCUCUACUUCUUGUUCUGAUACUGUUUACGAAGAAAUGGUCCCUGUGUCAAAAUCUAUUAAUGAGGAAUUUAAGCCUGCUACUUCAGGGAGAGACGAUUUGUUUCAGUUAGAAACUGGUCUGUUGGAUCAUGUCUCUACUUCUUGUUCUGUGGAUGAGGAAACAUUUGUAAUUAGUGAAAAAAUGGAGAUAGUUUCAGAGCCUGCUCAACAUUUAUAUGUGGAGUCUAACAUACAGGAAACAAAUGUCCACCUUCAUUCUGUGCCUAAAGAAACCCCUGGUCAGCUUGAACUUGAUACUAAAAUGAGGGACAGCUCCUGUAUGCUAGUGACAGAAAUAAAUAUUGAACCUGCCACUGAAGUGACAAGACAUAUAGUUAUUGAGGAUAACAGUAUGCCGGUGGAAUGUUUGCAUAACCAUGAGUUAAUCUCUUUGAGAACAGACAUGGAAAUUAAUGAACAUGAUCAGAUAAACACAGCUAUUUUAACAGAGGGAGCUUGCCAUCCUCAAACUGAUCAUGACCAGUUUUAUGGGGAUAAACCUUCAGAAAAAAAUGAUUUAAUGGAGCCUGUUGCCAAGGAUACCAUGUUGAGGGAUGAUAGUGUAUCUAUAAUCGUCUCUAAAAUACCAGAGUCUGAUGGCCAUAUUAACCAGAACAUGGAGGAGCAAAAUGUUUGUUCCACUAGUGUUCUUGGCGCUGAUGCACGUUUGAAUGACUCUGAACUCUGCCAGUUUACAUCCGAUGAACCUGCAGUGAGAGGGGAAAUGGAUGACUUGAUUCCUGGUUCUAAAGUUCAGGUCACACUGGAUCACAUUAUCCAGGAUGCCUUAGUGGUUUCCUUUCGUCUUGGAGAAAGAAUCUUCUCAGGGGUUCUAAUGGAUCUGUCCAAAAGGUUUGGACCCCAUGGAAUUCCUGUAACCGUUCUCCCUAAAAGAGACUAUAAAUAUACCAAUGAAGAACCUGUUCAAAUGCAAAAUAAGUCAUUCCAAGAGGAGAGUGUGAUAAAGAAUGAAGAGAACGUAGUUGUUUCUGAGGAAGUGGCUCCCAAUGAGUCUUCAGAGUCCUGUGAAGUAAAAAAAUUGUGGCUGUCAAAGCCACCUCCUCUCUUCCAUGAAGGAGCACCAUAUCCCCCUCCUUUAUUCAUCAGGGACACAUAUAACCAGUCAAUACCUCAACCUCCUCCACGCAAAAUAAAGAGACCCAAAAGGAAAAUUUAUAGGGAAGAACCUACUUCCAUAAUGAACGCUAUUAAACUGCGGCCCAGGCAGGUCUUGUGCGACAAAUGUAAAAAUAAUGUUAUGGCAGAUAAAAAAGAAAUAAGGAAAAGUGGAAGUGACUGUUAUAAGCAAGAAGAUGGAAAACGGAGACGGCAUGAAAAUGUGACUACUGUGAAUAAAAGACUUAAAACUGAUCACAAAGUAACUGAUCACAAGGUAAAUGGGAAAAGUCAGAAUGAAAGUCAAAAGAGAAGUGUCGUGGCAGCCAAGGUAUCUAGUCUUUCACAUAGGAGAAAAGUUGUAAAGGUAUCUUCUCAAAGAAAAUCUCAUUUGCACACAAAGAAAGUGCUUCAGAGCAAAAACAUGGAUCAUCUAAAAGCAAGAGAGGUUUUAAAAAUGGCUAAAGAAAAGGCACACAAAAAGCAGAAGGAAACUUCCUCCUCGAAGAAUCCACACAGUAAAGUCCACUACACACGGCGACUUCAGAAUGCAAACUCAGGGACCCUCCCACCAAGGCUACGUAUAAAACCUCAAAGGUAUCGCAAUGAGGAUAAUGACUCUUUGUUAAAGGCUGGACUUGACUCUCUGAGAAGCAGCAAGAUGGGUAUCAAGCCACAGACUCGCUAUUCUGCAACUCGCUCUGCAGGUGAGGCCCCUUCAGAAAUAAAGAGCCCCUCAAAUGGCCCAGAAGAGGUCACCAGUGAGAUUGAGAACACAAGUGUCUGUGUACCACCUGCCGAGCAUGAUGAGCAGCAAACACUGGGCAAAAAAGACAGCAAAAGCAAUAUUACAGUUUACAUGACCUUAAAUCAAAACAAAGUCGACUCUUCCAAUGCAUCAGUAUGUAGUAGUGAUAGCACAGAUGAUUUGAAAUCCUCCCACUCUGAGUGUAGUUUUACUGAAAACUUUGAUUUCCCCCCAGGCAGCAUGCACGCACCUUCCUCAUCAUCUUCCUCCUCUUCAAAAGAAGAGAAAAAGCUGAGUAAUUCCUUGAAAAUAAAGGUCUUUUCAAAAAAUGUCUCUAAAUGUGUUACCCCCGAUGGCAGGACCAUAUGUGUUGGGGACAUUGUUUGGGCCAAGAUUUAUGGCUUCCCGUGGUGGCCUGCCCGUAUACUUAAUAUAACUGUGAGUCGAAAAGAUAAUGGCCUACUUGUGCGGCAGGAAGCCCGCAUAUCAUGGUUUGGGUCCCCCACAACCUCUUUCCUUGGUUUGUCACAGCUCUCACCCUUUUUAGAAAACUUUCCGACACGAUUUAACAAGAAGAGAAAGGGCCUUUACCGCAAGGCCAUCACAGAGGCAGCUAAAGCUGCCAAGCAACUCACUCCAGAAGUGCGGGCCCUCCUGACACAAUUUGAAACGUGAACACCAUAUGUAAGUUCAUGCCCACUAGGAGCCGUCUGCAGAAAUACAUUGCUACAUCACCAUGUGGAGCUGUCUUUUCUAGGUACACGGAAGUGAAAGACUUUUUGUUUUUGUUUGGAAAAAAAAAAUGUGUGAAGUGAAAAAACUGAGCUGUGAAAAAACAUUUAUAACUUAUACAAAUUGUUAUCUAUUGUAAAUUUUAUUUAAAAAUGUGCUAAGGAAAUAUUUUACGAAAUUUUUCAAAAAUGCAUGAGACAUAAAUUCAGUUUAAAAUUCUUAAGCUGGAGCCUCUUCCUUUUAUUGAAGGAAAUUAAUCUCAGAACUAACAGGGGAGUUCUCUCAAAGUGAUUGCAAUCAUGUUACUUUAGGUUUGUGAAUAAAAAUAUGUCAUUAUGUGUGCAGUUUUCUGGUGUUAACUUGCAGUUGAACAUAUUGGACCAUAAACAAGAAGUAUUUGCAAACACUGGGACCAAUCUAAUUAGCAAUGUCGAGAAGAAGCAAGUCCUACUCAUCUGAACUCUAAGGAUUAUAUGGAAAAAUACUUAAUAGGUAACAUGAGCCAGUUGUAUACUCCUAUGGAGAUUUCAUAGGCACUUCUACAAAAAUGUCUGUUUUAAAUGUUCCUGUACACAUAAGCUUUUCAUUUUAUUCUGUAACAAGCUUCAGUAUGGCAUCAACUCAGGUUAAUACAUUAGGUAGUGCCAGUGUUCACCUAUUUAGAAAUACAAUUUACAAAAACCAAACAUGUUGGAUAUUUUAAAAGGACAAUAAACCUUUCUUGCUUUUGUACAAAAAUUGGGCUUGUCUCACACUCAUUGGCUACCAAAAUGUUACAAUUGACCCAAGCCAGUUACUAAUUUGCAGCAUUUUGAAGAUAACCUAGGUUACAAAAUUUUCUUUUUGCCUCUCUAGGGAGUGUGAGACAAACACGAUUUUUAUACAAAAGCAUGAGCCAUUUAUGUUCCAUAAGUUACAUAUAUAUGUAUAUAUAGACCUGAGAGACACCUAUUGCUACUCACUGCUGAUGUCAGAAGUAUCUCCCUGCUUGAACAAUGCUGGAUCAAGUGGAUUUGGCUUCUAGGAGACCCACAUAUGCUAAAUCAGGGGGUCCUUUAAACAAAGCCUUUAUUUCUGUCUUUGAGAUGAAGUGCCCCCCUCCCCUAUAUUGGUAAGGAACAAAAAUGUACCACAUUGUAAAUUUUGUAAGAAACCUGUUAAUAUGUUGGAUAUUUGUGUGUCUACAUAUAAAUUUGUUUAUACCAUGUAUUUUCUAUUUUAAGAUUUUUAUCAUUUCAAUGUCCGUAACAGCUUCACAUUUCUAAUUUAUAUCAGUGUCUUAAAACUCACCAUUAGGGUCCAUAAUAGUGUUUUAUGUGUUAACUGUGUCUAUCUUCAUGUGUCUGUAGCAUCCUAGUCUAGGCAAUAAAACAGUUCUAACAAUAUCUACACAGAGAAGGAUACAAGUUGAAAUAUUUUGUGUUGUGUAAUGGUCUCCUUAAAUGAUCAUGUGAUUUAAUAUUCAAAAGCAGAUAGUGUACCACAUUAGAUGUUUUUUAUUUUAAAUAAGACACCACACAUUUGUUUUAAAGGGUUAGUAUAGUGUUAUAAAUGACAUGACAUCUGUUGGAGUAUGGUAUUUUAGCACUAGCCAUGAUGUAAUGCAAAGGGGUUAAACACACGCUUAAAGCCCUGCUCAGUACAUACUAAGCUUUGCUGGUCCUUAACAGAAACUGCCUCUAAUCCACUGCACAGCACGGCCCAGCUGUGCGACUAUAGCGGAUUGGAACGGUGCUCUGCGGAUCCUGAGCGGGACUAUAAGAAUGUGUUUAAUCUCUUUGCGGGGGUUGAACAUACUGCAUUAAAAUGACAUGUUGCGAUGGAUUUAAUGCAUGCGAUUUUAACACUAUAAUGACCCUUUAAAUAAAACCACUUGUGCAACAAAUUCACAAACUCCCAUUUUCCAACUUUCUAUUUAUUUAGUGUAAAGAAUCCAAGAAAUAUGAUUUCCAAAUCUUCAGUUCCUGCCAGGUACUUUAAUUUUGAGUGUUGAAACUUAAAGGGACAAUACUCAUAUGCUAAAUCACUUGAAAGUGAUGCAGCAUAACUGUAAAAAGCUGACAGGAAAAUAUCACCUGAGCAUCUCUAUGUAGAAAAGGAAGAUAUUUUACCUCACAAUCUCCUCAGCUCAGCAGAGUAAGUGUUGUGUAAAAAGUUAUACUCAGCUGCUGCCCAGCUGCAGGUAAAUAAAUGAACAGUAGCCAAUCAGCAUCAGCAGUUCUGAGGUCAUAUAACUAUUUUACUGUGAUCUCAUGAGAUUUCACUUAACUCUGAGAUUUCGUAGUAAACUUCCUUAAACUGAAUAGGGAAAUAGCAUGAGUGUGCAUGAGGCUCACUCCCUUGCAAGUCCCGGGACAGGCAUACUGAUUUGCUGCUUAAAGUCCUUUACAAUGGGUUGUGAAUACUUAAAACAUUUUGAGGUAAAAUAUCUUUCUUUUUACAUAGAGAUGUUUAGGUGAUAUUUUCUAGUCAGCUUUCUACAGCUAUGCUGCAUCAAUUUCAAGUGUUUUAACAUUUGGGUAUCAUGGCCCUCUUUAAGAGCUGAAAUUGAUUUUCAUAAAAUACAGAAAAAAAUGCUUUGUUUUUUACUUUAGUUAUUUGGCACCAAAUGUAUUUUGAUUAUGAAGGGGGGAAAAAAAAAUCCGUCCUUAUGGCUGCCAUGCAAACUUGUGUUUUAGCUGCUGUGGAGUAUUUGAUUUUAAGACACUGAUUUCACAGGACAAAAAAACAAACAAAAUCAAGAGCUCGAGAGGAGAAGCAUCUUUGUGCAGAACACUGAGAUUUGAGAGAAAGGCACAUGCAAUAUGCUUAUCAAGCCAAGGUGAGCAUGGACAAACUGAGUUUAUUUACAAUUUUUAGCUAGAGCCUUGCAAUGUAUUUAAACUUGCAGAAGCUGCAAUGCACCUUUUUAUAGCAUUUCAGCUAUAUUCUUUUGCCCUGCAACAAUUCAAUAUAUUUUAUUUUUUUAUUUAUUUAGUUGGUCGUAUGAAUUGUUUGGGCUGGAAAAAAUGCAGUUUGCAAAAGCAAUAUAAAGUGCAAACUAGAAUUACAUUUGUCACCUCACAUUUGCCAUACUGCAUUACAAUUAUUCUAUUUCUAACACCAAUCCCAAGAUGAUAUUCACUGCACCUUUUCACCAAUACUUGUGUACUGCAUUAACAUUUGUAAGGUUGAAAGUUGCAUUGGUGAUUUUUUUUUUUUUUUCUUCUAAAAUGUUACUUCAGUUUUAUUUUUACAAUGUUGGUCUGUGGUUUGAAAUAGUUAAGGCUGUAUAUUUUGUUUUAUAAAGGCCAUUAUUGCCAUCAGGUCUAAGCAGAGGACUUUGUGUAAAAUGAAUAAUAAUAAACAUAAUAAAGGAUGUUUUUUCUAACUUG